AUGACUUCAAAAGUCCAGCCUGGCUGGGCUGUUCGUCGAAAGCACCAGUGCAAAAGCACUGAGAAUAGCCGUCCUACUUGGGCUGAUUGGGUGGUGUGUUGUCCAUCGCAAACCAAGUGGGCGCCCAUCGGCAACACCACGCAAUGUGUGAUUGAGGACACGAAGGAGGAAGUACCGACACAAUGCGCAGAUCCCACGCUAGUUCUGUGGAAAAACAGAGAUUACUUUUGCUGCGAGCCUGGCCUGAUAGGCUUCGAGAAUUACUGGAAGUCGGUUGGCUGUGCAGAUGUCGAUGAAGUCUCUGCUGGUAUCGAGAACAGAACUAUGAAGAAUGUGGAGCAGCUGGGGAUAAUUCCAAGCAACUCAACCGAUUCUAACUCGAGUACUUCCAUUUCGACACCGUCGUCCCUCCCAUCCAUAUCUUCAGCAACUUCGGAGGCAUCAGGCUCAUCAGGCUCAUCACCAAGUGGAGGGGUUAUCGCGGGUGCUGUUGUUGGUUCUGUCGCCGGUCUGAUCCUGAUUGUGGCCCUGGUGUGGUUUUUGGCACGCCGCCAUUACCGGUCAAAAGACCUCUCCACGCCCCAGGGACCUUUCUCGGGGCAUGGAAAUUUCGCCGAGUCUAGCUCCAAGCACAGAUCUAGCGAGCUUGAUGCAACCGAUCCUAGAUUGCAAGGAAGUUCCAUUCAUUCUCCGGCCCGAAAUGAGCUUCCGGCCAAUCCACCAGGGCAAGCGGAGUGA